AUGGCUGAUCGAUUUUCAUUACAUGUUAACGAUGUUAAUUCCGUAGCAGAAAACUUAUUAAAUCAAUUUAAAGUAAUCGGUGGAAGAAACUUUUUAAAUCAUCAUGAAGCAAAUUAUUUUCAACCUUCGGAUGGAAUUGAGAUUGAACGAUCAAUGAUUGGUCAUAUGUUAACACGUUAUAUAUGGCAAGGAAAUAUUUCUGCCCCUGUCAAAGAGAUAUUAGAAAAUGGUGGUGUCUACGUUCUUGACGUUGGAUGUGAAGCAGGCUAUUGGAUCCUAGAUGUAGCGAACGACUUUCCAAAAUCAACAUUUGUAGGUAUAGAUAUUGUGCCAAAUAAUUUCCCUCAAGAACAUGAUCGAACUCACAAUGUCGGAUUUCUUGAGCAUAAUGUUCUAAAUGGAAUUCCAUUUCCUUCUGAAACAUUUGACUAUGUUCAUAUGGCAUUAAUGUUUUUGGCAUUCACCGAAGAUCAAUAUUUAAAGGUUAUUCAUGAAUUGGUGCGCGUUACGAAACAUAAUGGAUGGAUUGAAAUUAUGGAAAUUGAAUACAAAUAUAUAAAUCAGGGAAAUUCUACAAAAUUUGUUCAAGAUGCUGUAUUGAAAAAACUGAAAGAGGAGGGUGCGGGAAUUGAUAUCACAUCAAGGAUACCUGAUUUUCUUAGAUUAAUUGACAAUAUAACUGAUAUUGAACGGAAAGAAGUAAUUGUUCCACUAGGUGGAUGGUAUGGAAGAUUUGGUGAAUAUGUAAGCACCUGUGGUACUCCUAUGUUUAAUGUCUCUUUUUACUUGACACUAAAUAUGUUCCGUUAUUAA